AUGAUGAGAGAAUGGGUCCUGUUCUUGUCCACACUGCUCUGUGGGCUGGCUGGCCCCACACACGUGUUCCAGCCAAGCCUGGUGCUGGACAUGGCCAAGGUCCUCCUGGAUAACUACUGCUUCCCAGAGAAUCUGCUGGGGAUGCAGGAAGCCAUCGAACAGGCCAUCAAAAGUCGUGAGAUUCUGGGCAUCUCAGACCCUCAAACGCUGGCCCAUGUGCUGACAGUUGGGGUGCAGAGUUCCUUGAAUGACCCUCGCCUGGUCAUCUCCUAUGAACCCAGCACCCUUGAUGCUCCCCAGCAAGCCCCGGCAUUCACCAACCUCACGCAAGAGGAGCUGCUCGCCUGGCUGCAGAAAGGCAUCCAUCAUGAGGUCCUGGAGGGCAACGUGGGCUACCUUCGGGUAGAUGAUCUUCCCGGCCAGGAAGUGCUAAGCAAGCUGGGGGAGUUCCUGGUAGCCCACAUCUGGAGCAAGCUCAUAGGCACCUCGGCCCUGGUGCUAGAUCUCCGCCACUGCACUGGGGGCCAGGUCUCCGGCAUUCCCUACAUCAUCUCCUACCUGCACCCGGGGGACACAGUCGUGCACGUGGACACCAUCUAUGACCGCCCCUCCAACACAACCACAGAGAUCUGGACCUUGCCCCAUGUCCUGGGAGAGAGGUACAGUGCUAACAAAGAUGUGGUGGUCCUCACCAGCAGCCGUACCGGGGGCGUGGCCGAGGACAUUGCCUACAUCCUCAAGCAGAUGCGCAGGGCCAUCGUGGUGGGCGAGCGAACUGUAGGGGGUGCCCUGGACCUCCAGAAGCUGAGGAUAGGCCAAUCUGACUUCUUCUUCACCGUGCCCGUGUCCAGGUCCCUCGGGCCCCUGGGCGGGGGCAGCCAGACAUGGGAGGGCAGCGGGGUGCUGCCCUGUGUGGGGACACCAGCUGAGCAGGCCCUGGAGAAAGCCCUGGCCAUCCUCACCCUGCGCCGUGCCCUGCCAGAGGUGGUGCGCUGUCUGCAGGAGGCCCUGCGGGACUACUACACGCUGGUGGACCGCGUGCCUGCCCUAUUGCACCACCUGGCCAGCAUGGACUUCUCCUCCGUGGCCUCUGAGGAGGACCUGGUCACAAAGCUCAACGCCGGCCUGCAGACUGUGUCCGAGGACCCCAGGCUCCUGGUACGGGCAGUCAAGCCCAGGGAAACCUCUUCUGGGCCUGAGGCUGGAACCGAUGACCCGCCAGAGGUGGUGCCCACAAUGCCCGAGGAUGAGGCUUCCCAGCAGGCCCUGGUGGAUGCCACAUUCCAGGUGUCUGUGCUGCCGGGCAAUGUGGGCUACCUGCGCUUUGACAGGUUUGCAGAUGCCUCCGUGCUGGAGGAGCUGGGCCCGCACAUCCUGCGCCAGGUGUGGGAGCCCCUGCAGCACACGGAGCACCUCAUCAUGGACCUGCGUCACAACCCAGGGGGGCCGUCCUCUGCAGUGCCCCUGAUGCUCUCCUACUUCCAGAACCCGGGCUCCAGCCCUGUGCACCUCUUCACCACCUACAACCGCUGUACCAACAUCACACAGGAGCACUUCAGCCACGCCGAGCUGCUGGGCCCGCGCUAUGGCAGCCAGCGCGGGGUGUACCUGCUCACCAGCCACCGCACCGCCACUGCCGCCGAGGAGUUCGCCUUCCUCAUGCAGUCGCUGGGUUGGGCCACGCUGGUGGGCGAGAUCACCGCGGGCAGCCUGCUGCACACCCGCACGGUGUCGCUGCUGGACACGCCAGAAGGUGGCCUGGUGCUCACAGUGCCGGUGCUCACGUUCAUCGACAACCAUGGUGAGGGCUGGCUGGGCGGCGGCGUGGUGCCCGAUGCCAUCGUGCUGGCCGAGGAGGCCUUGGACAGAGCCCAGGAGGUCUUGGAGUUCCACCGGAGCCUGGGAGCCUUGGUGGAGGGCACAGGGCACCUGCUGGAGGCCCACUACGCGCGGCCAGAGGUCGUCGUGCAGACGGGUGCCCUGCUGCAGGCCAAGCUGGCCCAGGGGGCCUACCGCACGGCAGUGGACUUGGAGUCGCUGGCCUCCCAGCUCACAGCUGACCUACAGGAGGUGUCUGGGGACCACCGCCUGCUGGUAUUCCACAGCCCCAGUGAGCUGGUAGCCGAGGAGGCGCCCCCACCACCCCCUGCCAUCCCCUCCCCAGAGGAGCUCUCCUACCUCAUUGAGGCCCUGUUCAAGACAGACGUGCUGCCAGGCCAGCUGGGCUACCUGCGCUUCGACGCCAUGGCUGAGCUGGAGACAGUGAAGGCCAUUGGGCCACAGCUGGUGCGGCUGGUGUGGCAGAAGCUGGUGGACACAGCUGCGCUGAUCGUCGACCUGCGUUACAAUCCUGGCAGCUACUCUACGGCUGUGCCACUGCUCUGCUCCUACUUCUUUGAGGCAAAGCCCCGCCAGCACCUCUACUCCAUCUUUGACCGGGCCACCUCAAGGGUCAUGGACGUGUGGACCUUGCCCCAGGUCGCUGGCCAGCGCUAUGGUUCCCACAAGGACCUCUACAUCCUGGUUAGCCACACCAGCGGCUCUGCAGCUGAGGCCUUUGCUCACACCAUGCAGGACCUGCAGCGGGCCACAGUCAUUGGGGAGCCCACGGCCGGAGGGGCCCUGUCUGUGGGCAUCUACCAGGUGGGCAGCAGCCCCUUAUAUGCCUCCAUGCCCACACAGACAGCCCUCAGUGCCACCACAGGUGAGGCCUGGGACCUAGCCGGCGUGGAGCCCGACAUCACUGUGCCUAUGAGCAAGGCCCUCUCUACAGCCCAAGAUAUAGUGGCCCUGCGUGCCAAGGUGCCCACAGUGCUGCAGACAGCCGGGAAGCUGGUGGCUGAUAACUAUGCCUCCGCCGAGCUGGGGGCCAGGAUGGCCACCAAACUGAGCCGUCUGCAGAGCCGCUACUCGAGGGUGACCUCAGAAGGGGCCCUGGCCGAGAUGCUGGGGGCCGACCUGCAGGUGCUGUCUGGGGACCCACACCUGAAGAUAGCACAUAUUCCAGAGGAUGCCAAGGACCGCAUUCCCGGAAUCGUACCCAUGCAGAUCCCUUCCCCCGAAGUCUUUGAAGACCUGAUCAAGUUUUCCUUCCACACAAACGUGCUUGAGGACAACAUUGGCUACCUGAGGUUUGACAUGUUUGGGGACUGUGAGCUGCUCAUCCAGGUCUCCGAGCUGCUGGUGGAGCACAUUUGGAAGAAGAUCGUGCACACAGAUGCCAUGAUUAUCGACAUGAGGUUCAACAUCGGCGGCCCCACCUCCUCCAUCUCCGCCCUGUGCUCCUACUUCUUUGAUGAAGGCCCUCCAAUCCUGCUGGACAAGAUCUACAGCCGGCCCAAUGACUCUGUCAGUGAACUCUGGACCCACACCCGGCUCGCAGGGGAACGCUAUGGCUCCAGGAAGAGCGUGGUCAUUCUGACCAGCAGUGUGACAGCUGGCGCUGCGGAGGAGUUUACCUACAUCAUGAAGAGGCUGGGCCGGGCCCUGGUCAUCGGGGAGGUGACCAGUGGGGGCUGCCAGCCACCACAGACCUACCACGUGGACGACACCCACCUUUACCUCACUAUCCCUACGGCCCGCUCUGUGGGAGCCGCAGACGGCAGCUCCUGGGAAGGGGUGGGGGUGACACCCCACGUGGUUGUCCCUGCAGAAGCAGCCCUUACCAAAGCCAAGGAGACACUCCAGCACACCCUGCAGAGGGGAAGGCGUAGCCCAGGGCUGCAGGGACGCCGACAGGGUCUUGGUGUGCAGAGCCCCAAGCCAGACAGGACCUCUGGGCAACGCACCAAGGACACUCCUGCACAUGGUCCUGCCUGA